GAUUCAGAGGCAAUCUUAAAUUGUAGUUGUUUCUCUAACGUUUGUGUAACGAACUUACCAUUCACGUCUCUCUCUCUCUCUCUCUCUCUCUCUGCCUUUCUGUCUUUCUCUUUCAUUUUGCGAAGAAAAGGAUUAAUUUUCUCUCCCCAUCAAAGGUCAAACCUCUCUUUUUCUUCAUCAGAAUUAUGGACGGGAAUCUGGAUUGGAAGUCUUGGCCCUGCAAAAAUUAUUAAGAGACCAGCUUUCCAUCAUCCAUUAUUGUUUGUUUAUAUGAUCGAUGGGGAUGUCAAUCGACAAUGUUCGUGGACUUGUUAUGGCUGUCUCUUCAAGCAUUUUUAUUGGAUCUAGCUUUAUUAUCAAGAAGAAGGGUCUUAAAAAGGCUGGAGCAACUGGAACCCGAGCUGGCCAAGGAGGGCACUCUUAUUUGUAUGAACCUUGGUGGUGGGCAGGGAUGAUAACUAUGAUAGUUGGGGAGAUAGCUAAUUUCGCUGCUUAUGCGUAUGCUCCUGCAGUUCUCGUAACACCAUUGGGAGCUUUAAGUAUUAUUUUCAGUGCAGUGCUAGCCCAUUUCAUCCUGGAGGAGAGAUUACACAUCUUUGGUGUGCUUGGAUGUGCUCUGUGUGUGGUGGGCUCUACGACUAUUGUUUUACAUGCUCCACAGGAAAGAAAUAUUGAAUCUGUCAAAGAAGUAUGGCAGCUUGCAACAGAGCCAGGUUUCCUUGCAUACACUCUACUAAUUUUGAUUCUGGUAGCUGUUCUUAUUUUUCGAUAUGUUCCACGCUACGGCCAAACCCAUUUGAUAGUAUAUGUUGGAAUCUGCUCCCUCAUGGGCUCUCUCACGGUAAUGGGUGUAAAAGCAGUGGGAAUCGCAUUGAAGCUGUCGUUUUCAGGAAUGAAUCAAUUUAAAUACUACGAAACAUGGGUUUUCACAUUUGUUGUGACCUUUUGCUGUCUUCUGCAGGUGAACUACUUGAACAAGGCUCUAGACACCUUUAAUACUGCUGUCAUAUCUCCUGUUUACUAUGUCAUGUUCACAACAUUCACCAUUAUUGCCAGCAUGAUCAUGUUUAAGGAGUGGGAUUCGCAAGCUGCAGCAGAUAUUGCAACAGAGUUAUGUGGGUUUGUGACAAUUCUAGCAGGGACCUUCCUCCUACACAAAACAAAAGAUAUGGGAAAAAGUCCAAGCGUGAGAAGCCCUGUCUUUACCAGCCCUGAUUUAAAUCCAACUCCAGACUCCAAAUAGUUAAAAGCAGAUGUUUUUUUUAGUUUUUUACCCUCAACAAAAACUGCUACGUUUUCCCUACUUCCAAACAGAAAAGGAAGAGAGUUAGGAGACAGGACCUCUCUUUGUUGAGAAAGGAUUGUUAACUGAAGGAAAAGUCAUAUGCAAAUCAUGUGACAUCACUGACAUGGUGGAUGUGAAAGGAUGCUGCUGCUGCAAAACUUCCUCUUCAUUUAUUCUUUUGACAGAAUAUUAAUUACACUGUGAGUAUGAAACAUACAGAUCUUUACUAAGAGUGUUAUUAGGAAAGGAUACAAGAAAUUUGUUCAUGAUCUUCGAUCUUAAUAGUAUCUGUUUUGUGUUUCAUAGUGUGGACUGUUCAAUUUUUAGUAUAUACUUAUGAAACAUAAUCUUCAUGACUCUUA